UUCGGCGCUUUGCUCUCUGCUAUAAGCCAUGGCCACAGUGACUAUACGAGCUGAGUGUGCGGCCUCCCUAAUGGCUACUGAGAGUGGACUGAUCCAUGUGCAAGGCGACUGAGGGCUUGGAGCGCUGAGCAGUGCCUGGCUGAGAGCUACCCUGAGAGCAGCUCUGGUUGUGCUCAGUCACUUCUGGCUUAGGGAGUGUCACCCAAGUAGCAGUUUCAACACGGGGCGAAGAAAAACAAAAGGGGAGAAAUUGAGCCCCCAAAAAUAUGGCAGAUGGUUUGUUUUGGGGGAGACCUCGCUGGACAGAGCGGGGAGGGGCUGCAAGACUGCUGCUGGGAUGGACCUUUCUAUUAAUCUGCUGUCAGGGAUACGCCGCAACUAGUGAUUGGGAUUCAAAAGCCGAGGCCUGGCUGAAGCUCUAUGGAUAUCUUCCUCAGACCAGUCGUCAAAUGUCCACCAUGCGGUCGUUACAGAUCCUCUCCUCAGCUAUCUCAGAAAUGCAACGAUUCUAUGGAAUCCCAGAGACUGGAGAACUGGACCAUACAACUACAGAAUGGAUGCAGAAACCUCGUUGUGGGGUGCCUGAUCAGUUUGGGACCCGAGUCAAAUCAAAUAUGAGAAGAAAACGCUAUGCUCACACAGGACGCAAAUGGAACCAACAACAUCUCACAUAUAGCAUCCAGAAUUACUCAGAUAAACUGGGAAUGCACAACUCUAUUGAUGCCAUACGAAAAGCCUUUGACGUGUGGUCAAAGGCAACCUCGCUGACUUUCAGAGAAGUGCCCUAUGAAGCAGUGCGCCAGCGUCACUCCAGUGCAGACAUCCUGAUCCUUUUUGCCUCUGGUUUCCAUGGUGACAGUUCCCCAUUUGAUGGCCCUGGUGGCUUUCUGGCACAUGCUUAUUUUCCUGGCCCUGGCAUGGGAGGAGAUGCUCAUUUUGACUCAGAGGAGCCAUGGACUGUAGAAAACAUGGAUCUGGCAGGGAAUCAUCUGUUUCUAGUAGCUGUGCAUGAGCUGGGGCACUCUCUGGGGCUAGAGCACUCAAAUAACCCUUCAGCCAUCAUGGCUCCAUUCUACCAGUGGAUGGAUACUGAAGAUUUCCAGUUGCCUGAGGAUGACAGACGAGGAAUACAACAGUUGUAUGGACCUCCAGUGGAUCAAAUUCCCAGUACCCAGUCUCCCUUACCAACCCCAGGCAAACCUGAAGUGCCUGACAAAAGACCCCCUAAACCACCUCCUAGAGGUAAACCAGAACGGCCUGGUAAUGCACCUCCUCCUCGCAGUCCCUCCAAUCCUGACCAAUACGGACCCAACAUUUGUGAGGGCAACUUUGAUGCUGUCAGUGUUCUUCGAGGAGAGAUGUUUGUGUUUAAGGGUGCCUGGUUUUGGAGGGUACGACACAACCGAGUCCUGGAUAACUACCCCAUGCCAAUUGGUCACUUCUGGCGUGGGCUUCCACCUAACAUAACUGCUGCCUAUGAGCGACAUGAUGGAAAAUUUGUCUUCUUUAAAGGAGAGAAGUACUGGCUGUUCCGUGAGGCCAAUCUGGAAGCUGGUUACCCACAGCCGCUGACCAGCUUCGGAUACGGGAUCCCUUAUGACCGAAUUGAUACAGCCAUAUUUUGGGAACCUACAGGACACACAUACCUCUUCCGAGGAGACAAAUACUGGCGAUUUAACGAGGAAUCCCGUUCUGCAGAUGUUGGUUACCCAAAACCCAUUACAGUCUGGGCUGGUAUCCCUGACACCCCCAAAGGGGCCUUCUUGAGCUCUGACUCAACUUACACCUACUUCUACAAAGGUGCCAAAUACUGGAAGUUUGAUAACCAGCAGCUGAAGACAGAGCCGGGAUACCCUAAAUCCAUUCUGCGAGACUUUAUGGGCUGCCAGGAAGAAGUUUUUCAGGACCCGGAUGUUGUUCCACGAUGGCCAGAUGUUGAACACCCCCCAUUUAAUCCUGAUGUUGAGUCAGAGGAUAAAGAUGACAAAGACAGUGACAGUGCUGGACGGGAGGAUCCAAACACUGGACGUGAUGUGGAUGUUGUGGUCCAUAUUGAUGAGUACACACGGGCUGUUAGUGUUGCCAUGGUAAUUGUGCCACUACUACUACUACUGUGCAUUCUGGGACUUAUUUAUGUCAUUGUGCAGAUGCACCGGAAAGGACCCCCUAAAGCCUUACGAUACUGUAAACGUUCUUUACAGGAAUGGGUCUGAUUUUCUUUUUUUUUUUUUUUUUUAUUGCUGCCAUUUUUACCUCUCACCAUCCACCUAUUUCUUUUGUUCCCACUUUAUUUUUAUAUUCACAACUCAUUUUGUGUGGUGCUAACAUGGGGGAGCUGGGAUAUUUAAUGUUAAUAUUUGUUCAGACCCCUCCUGAGUUUUCAUUCCACUGUUUCUUGACUAUGGGGGCAAAAGAAGAAAUACUGCAUUUUCUGACACUUUAAAGGGUGCUUCAUAUUUCCUGAGGUUAGUUUCCGAUUCAGUGGUCCACCUAUGUGGUGCAGAGGUGAUAGCAAAUUACAUCUGGGAUUUCAUGGUGUAUGCGCAGUGUCUAUAUUCCUGAUGAUGUAACACAUAAACCUCUGCAUUGUUUGGUUAAGCCUUCCAAGGCUGCAUUUCUGUGGGCCAUCCUAAUGUCAAUGCUCACUGGCGGGAAAUGGAUGACCCUGUUAAUUGUAAUUAUUCUGUAGCCCUAGCACUGUAUGGAUACAGUUGAAUGUUUCUCUAGCAUUUAGAAUGUUGAAUAUUUAUGCCAUGCAUUUUGCACUGGAGAUGUCCUAGGGUGGGAGCAGAUCAGCAAAGUGGGGAAUAAACAGGCCUGAAUGGGUACAAAAUAAAAAUAGUAGGGAUGCACCAAAUCCAUGAUUUGGCUUGGGAUUCGGCCAAGAUUCAUCCCUUUUUAGCAGGAUUUGGGCAAAUCCAUGCUUCUGGCCGAACUGAAUCCUUAAACUCAUUUGAUGUCACAUAAAAACGAAAGGUGAAAAUUUGCGCUUCGCACAUAGAUCCUUAAAUGCAAAAUAAGAUUUUGGUUCAGUAUUCGGCCAGAUCUUUCAUGAAGGAUUCAGGGUUCAGCUGGAUCCUAAAAUUGUGUAUUCGAUGCAUCCCUGAAAUAUAGUGAUUCUACCUGCACUCUGGCUGCUCAAAUAAUAUUAAAGGUACCUCAGAACUGGGGAAUCUCUAAGCCUGGCAUGGAAGGGUCGUGUUGCCUUAAUCGCCUAUGAUGAUCCCUGUGCCAUUCACAUGAGAGUCUGGACGGGGAUAUUUUCCUUUGGGUAUUGGAGGAAGAGCGUUGUUCCUGUGGAAUGCCGGUAUUAGUAAGUUAAUAAGGAGUUGCUUUCUUGCACUCUCUGAUAUUUCUCAUAUCGGGCUGUGCCCAUGAAGUCUAUGAACAACGAUCUUAGUUUCUUCAGUGUCUGUACGGUAGAUGUUCACCCAGAUAUUUUAAAAAUGUGUUUGUUGUUUAUUAAAGAUUUUUGUAAUGGUA